AUGGCUACAGUUAAGCGAAGCAAAACUAUGCCAGCAGACGGUCAAACAACAAAGUUUUUAUACACGAUCCUUAAGCAGCUAGAUUUGAAAUCCAUCGACUGGAACCUGGUUGCAUCUCAGCUGGAAAUUACCAACGGGCAUGCAGCCCGAAUGCGAUUCUCACGAUUCCGACAACAAAUGGAAGGGAACACGGCGACAGCUCGCACUCCUCGCGCGAAGAAGUCCAAGGCAGACACUGCGAAAUCGAAGAAGGCCAUGUUUGAAGAGCCGGCAAAGAGCAAGGAGGGUUCUCCCACUGGAAGGGCUAGCCCGACAGUCAAGAAGGAACUAGAACCGUCAGUAAAGCCGGAGCCAGCGUUCGAAGUUGGAGCAUCAGUGCCAGUGUCAGCAUCGCCACCUCCUCCGCUCCAGUAUUUCUAUCCGCAGGACAUGGCGGCUGUUCCUCGGUGCUUUGAGAACGCAGCUGUCCCAAGUCAUAACGCCUUCUAUGACUUCUCAACUGUCUCGCCUGCAGACUUGACGAUGCCUUCUUUCGUCCCAGAGCCUGUCAUCGGGUAUUCUGCACCGCCUUUUGGAGAGAACUGGAUCCAGGUCAAGGGCGAAAGGGCCGAUGGUGAAGUUGAGAUGCAGGAUCUCUUUAUCAAAGCUGAGCCAACUUUGUGA